AUGUCUCAAAUCCCUUCGCUCCGUCCUCGGUCCGUGAGAAACUCAAACAUGGUCUGGUGCCAACAAUGCUGCCGCUGGGUCAGGAUCGCCGCCUCCCCGGUUCUCCUCACCCUCUGCCUCCGCUGCAAUGGCGUCAUCCUUCUGGGGGGCCACGACCUCACGAGCCUCAUCGCCACCGUCCGCAUGGCCUCCGACGUUGACCUCCACCCCCUUGGAGUUCCCAACUUCUGGGAGAUGGACCUCCGAUAUGCCGGCAGCAGGACUGUGGAGCCAUACUUCCCCUCACCCGCCUUCCUUGAUCUCCUGGCAGACACUAUUCCACCCAUCCCACCCUCCCUCCAGCCAUGGGACUACUACAUGGGGCCGGGGAGCAACGAGCAGAUCGAGGAGCCGACUCAGAACGACAGAGCUGGGAGGGGGAUGAACGAGCUCAUCGAGGAAAUGACUCUGAACGACAGAUCAGGGCCGGCGCCGGCGCCGGCCUCGGCCAUCGACGCCCUACCGACGGUAAUCAUCGAGCAAGCUCACCUAGCGGACGGCUCCCAGUGCCCCGUCUGUAAGGAGGAGUUCGAGGUCGGCGAGGCGGCCCGCGAGUUGCCCUGCAAGCACGCCUACCACUCCGACUGCAUCGUCCCGUGGCUGCGGCUGCACAACUCCUGUCCUGUCUGCAGGAAUACGCUACCCGGCGAUUCCCAUGCAAGGGAGAACCCGGAGACCGCAAAUGAAGGCCCAGACGACGGCCAACCAGCUGGUAAUGGCUUCCUCACCCUCCUCCCUCUGAUUCUCUCCCUCGUCGCCUUGUUACUAUCAACACUCCGUGUGAACUGUAAGAAUCUCUGGAAAUCAUUGACUCUCCCCAGGCCUCGUCGUCUCCUCCAACUGGGACCUGCUCUUUCCGCCGUCUCCGACAAGUAUUCUCGACGCAUUGGCCGCUCGUUUCAGCAGGCGGAGGCCAAUACACGGCUUUCCCUUACCCGCCUCCCACGCUACCCCGGAAAGAUUUUCCCAUGA